UAGGGCCUUGAACUGAGGAGGAGGGUUUGGGAUGGAGAUGAGAAGGUGGUGCCAGGGCUGGUUUGCCUUGGAAGCCGUGGCCCUGGCCCCUCGGAGACAGAAGCCUUAGGCCGGGUCCGUGUUUUCUAAAGUACACCACGUUCCCAAUGGAUGAUGCUUGAAGAAAGAGCGUGAGGAGUCCAGCUGUAGCACCAGAACCGAGGGAGCUGGUCAUGGAGAAGGUUAAACACUUUAAGAUGAGAAAAAUUGAUCUCUGUCUGAGCUCUGAAGGGUCCGAAGUGAUUUUAGCUACAUCAAGUGAUGAAAAACACCCACCUGAAAAUAUCAUUGAUGGGAAUCCAGAAACGUUUUGGACCACCACAGGAAUGUUUCCCCAGGAAUUCAUUAUUUGUUUCCACAAACAUGUAAGGAUUGAAAGGCUUGUAAUCCAAAGUUACUUUGUACAGACCUUGAAGAUUGAAAAAAGCACGUCUAAAGAGCCAGUUGAUUUUGAGCAAUGGAUUGAAAAAGAUUUGGUACACACAGAGGGGCAGCUUCAAAAUGAAGAAAUUGUGGCUGGAGUGCAGUGGUGCGAUCUCUGCUCACUGCAAUCUCUGCCUCCCGGGUUCAAGCGAUUCUCCUGCCUCAGCCUCUCAAGUAGCUGGGAUUACAGGUGCGUACCACCACGCCCAGCUAAUUUUGUAUUUUUAGUAGAGACAGGGUUUCUCCAUGUUGGUUAGGCUGUUCUCAAACUCCCGACCUCAGGUGAUCUGUCGGCGUCAGCCUCCCAAAGUGCUGGGAUUACAGGUGUGAGACACUGCGCCCAGCUGACACUUUUAAAAAAUUAGAAACUGGGUAUGGUAGCUCAUGCCUGUAAUCCCGGCACUUUGGGAGACUAGCUUUGAGGCUAGUUCAAGACCAGCCUGGGCAACACGGUGAGACCCUGUCCCUACAAAAAAUGAGAGUUGCAGUUUUUAGCUCCAGUUGCUAUUUUUCAUCAAAUCAAGGCUGGUAUUUAGCUGAUAUGUACCACAACUAUUAUAUGUAGCUGGCCUUAUGUAUUGUUAUAUAUUUAGAAUAUUACUCUUGCAUCAAGCCGUUUCUUUUGCUAACUGCUUGUUAACAGUUAACUAGCACUGCUAAAAGCAUUUAUAUUGAUUUUUUUCCCC